AUCAACCGUCCAGUGAAACCUUCAAGUUCCCUUGCAGGAUUGUUUUGAGUUUAAAAGAUGACAGUCAAGACUCUUUACCGAUUUGUUGAUGAAAAAUUUCAGGAAGGCGAAGUUUUCCUCGAAGUUAUUUGUGAUUACAAAAUCAUCUGCAUGACAUUUUCGGAAAACGAUACCAUUCUAGAAGUCAAAGAAAAGAUAGCAGAAGUCGCAAGAAGGUCUGAAAAUUCGAAAAUGAUUUUGCCAGACUGCCAACGUCUCUACAAAGAUAGCAGGCGCAUGUCCAACAGAAGGACUCUGGCGUCAUAUGGAAUCAAUCCUAUCACGUCUUCCCAAAUGGAACCCAAAACCAUCAGUCUGAAGUUUAAACGCUGUGCAUUUAUGAAAGUUCUUGAAUGCUACAUUAUCUGGGACGAUUUCUUUACCUAUGAAAGUAAAUGAUGCCGGCUGCUUCUUCAGAAGAACAUCUUAAACCCUGUGACGGUGAAAGUUUAUAAAGGAUCAAGGACUUGGAAGUAAUGGAAAUGUGAUAAAAGAGAUAUACUUCUUGCCUUCGAAGGAAAAUAUUCAGAACUUUUACUAAGCCAAAUCUUGAUCAUUAUAUCUCAUUCUAAAGAUAAUGAUUUUGUAUAUAACAUACUUUCUAAAUAGCUCUAAAUAAUAAUAAUUAUUAUUAAGAACCGAACUGCUUUUCUAGUUCAUUAUUUGUUCCAAAUCAUGAGCUUUUAAACAGCAGAUUGCUAAUGUAAUUUUAUUUCUGUGCUUCAAGUAAAAUAAAAUAAGUGACUUAUAGUCUUUGAUGAAUAUUUUAUAUACUCAAAUUUCAUAU